AACAAUAAUGCCUCUCUCUCUUUUGUGAGAAUUUAAAGUUUCCACGCAAAACCAAUUUCCGUUCUUCAAAUCCUUUCUUACAUUUUUCUUUCAUAUGAAAUUCCUCCCUAUAUUGAAGGGUCGUUUGUAUUUCCAUGAAAUUGAUUGAAGAGAACAUAUAAGAAGAAAUGGGUUUCCUACCAAUUCUCUCGUUCAUCACAAACAGCCGAUAGAUUGUUAGAUCUAUCCAUCCUAGUCUUUAUUGCAGAGGAAAAUUUUGGAAAAGGGUAUAAAGCGGGUAUUUUGAUUGUUCAAGAUGAGUCAACAAAGCAAGCGGUCAAGCACUUUCACCUCAACAGACCUCCCAGUGAAGCGGAGACGUGGUCGUCCGCGUAAAGAUGAUAAUCAGGUUAAGAAGGAGAACGCGCACUUGCCGGUAGCUCCUGCAUCUGAUGGCACGAGGAAAAAUCAACAUGUUGAAGUUGAUCAAACUGCUGGCAUUGAUGAUGACAUGGUGGGGCAGGUGGUUUCUGGUGUCAUUGAGGGCUCUUUUGAUGCUGGCUAUCUUCUUUCUGUUAAGAUUGCGAACUCCAACACUAUUUUGCGGGGUGUUGUGUUUCAACCAGGGCUUUUUUCUCCUCUUACUGCAGCAAAUGACAUUGCUCCAAAUGCUAAGAUGUACAAAAGAAAAGAACUUCCCAUACCUGCAUUGCAUCCACAAGUUCAAGUUCAAGUCCAUGCUUCUGUUCCCCAACUAGAACAAAAUAGCAAGCAGCCUUUCCAGUCAGAGAACCAGGCACCUAUAGUUCCAGAGCAAGUUUUACCCACUGAGCUGCAUUCAGGUACUCCAUUUGCACUUGAUCAAUCUCCCUCUGUCACGGUACUUCUGACUGAUAACUUGCUGACUGAUAACUUGCCUAAGAGAGACAUAAGUGCUCAAUUGGGAGGAGAAAUCCUACCACAACAAAAUUCAGAGUUUGGACUUGAUAACCAAUUUGCCUCUCAGUUAGAGCAUACUAGUACUGUCAAACAGGAUCAGGUGAUGCACGAAUCUGAGCCUUCUGAUCCGUUAGGACCUAAGGUUGAACUAGAAGUAACUAAAGAUGUGAUAUCGGGACCAGCAUCUGUCCCUACUGUUGAUAUUUUGCCAGGCAAUGAUAGCAUUAAUCAUGUACCCCUAGUUCAACACCAGGCUGUGGAUUCUGGACUUGUGCCAAGUGGAUUGGUACACGAUAAACUGAAAAGCUCAAAUUCUGAGCUCCACCAAACUCCUGUAGUUGCAAAACCUCAACCUGAGCCCUCUCAACCAAUCAGUGAACCAAUUGAUUUUGUGAUGGAAAAGCCCAUCUCUCCAAAGAAUGAUGCACCACAAGAUAUACAGUCAGAACUUGCAGCUGAGGUUUUAAAGAAGGAUGAAACUUCUACUAAUGGAAACCUACUGAGUGACGCCGCUAAGAAUACUGAAGGGGGUUCACAGUCUGCACCGAAGAAGGGAGAAGCUACUCCAUCUGAACUUGAACCUGCAGCUGAAGAAUCUGUUCUUCCAGGAAUGCUUGAAUCACAAAUCUCUAGUACUGCUGGUCACACCAACAAUGUUGAUUUUGUUCUUUAAAAAGCUGUUCAACCAACACAAACUUAUAGCUACAUGAGCAUUUUUACUGAAACUGGAGGUAGAUAGAGACUACAACAGAUUAUGCAUAUAGAAUAAAUUCAAUAAAGACUUGGGGAUAAAACUGGUAAUACCGCUUAUGAACACCAAUAGAUGAAGAAGAUUAGGUGUACCUGCACCAUUAUAGACUACUUUCUCUCAAAUGGCCCCAAAUGGUUUUGUAAUGAGAAUUUUUGCACCCUCCUUUAGACUUCAUUUUUGCUUACUUUGGAGUCUCUCUUAUAACAAAAAAAAUGUUUAGGUUGUUUUCUGAUGCUUUACUUCACUGUUAAUUGAUCAACUUCUUCAGUACUAUCUCUUUAUUUUUAUCACAGGAGUUCAGGUUACAAAGA